GACGAGGAGGAACGAGGACGGGGGGAGGUAAGGAUGGCGCGGGGAGCGGCAGCCAGGGUCUUCUGGUUCGUCGGCCGCGCGCCGCCCGCCAUGGCGCAGCACCGCCCGCCCUCGGUGGCGGCCCGCCGCAACGCCCGCCGCGCGCCUUCGGCGCAGUUGUCGCCCUCGGCCGCGGCCAGCGUCUCGGCGUCGGCCCGCCUCUCCGCGGCCGCGCCCCUCGCCGGCGCCGAGGCGCCUCGCGCCGAGGGCGACGCGGCGGCCCGGAGGCCUCCGACCCCCGUCGCCGGCGCGGCCUUCGCCGAAGGCGCCCCGCCGCCGGGCGAGGGCGCGGAACAGCCCAGGCCCCGCCGCGACCUCCGCAGGCUUCCUCGACGGGGACGGUUUGUGCAUAGAUCGCCUGGUCGAGGCCGUGCGCAAGAAGCAGUCUAA